GAAGCUUUGUUUUGUUUGGAUUUGGUGCAAAAAGUACGAAGGUUUUGUUUAUAUUGCGCUUCUUUCAGAGAAUUUUCCUGUAUCGCAAUAUUUUCCGCCUAUUUUAAGUAUUGACGACCGAUUAAGUAAAAAUGUCUGAAAGUGAAGACACGCAGGUGAAGGUGGAAUUUAAAAAGAAGGGCAAGAAACAACUCCGCCAAAGGAAACCAUCCAACAGUGAGGACGAUGAGUACGAACAAGACACGGAAACGAAUACUUUGUCAAAAUUGGAAGAAACCAAAGAACGACAGAGACUACGUAACAGACGAAAUGGUGUUAACAUUCUCAGCUUGGCCGCUGGUAAAAAAAUAUCAAUCGAAGAAGAGGUGACAGUGAAGGAUCCGUUCAAUAUCAAAACUGGCGGUAUGGUGAAUAUGCAAGCGCUUAAGGCUGGAAAGCUGAAAGCUGCCGUUGAAGAUCCGUACGACACGGGCAUAGGUACCCAGUUCUCGGCGGAAACCAACAAACGCGACGAGGAUGAGGAAAUGAUGAAGUACAUUGAAGAGGAGCUGGGCAAACGGAAGGGCAUCGCGCAAGAGCAGGACAACCUAGCGGAGGGUGAGUCUUCCGCCAAGUAUCUGAGCCCGGAGGAGGCCGCACUGCUUUCGCUGCCCGCCCAUCUCAGCCAAACGUCGUCCCAGCGUUCGGAAGAGAUGUUAUCGAACCAGAUGCUGAGCGGCAUUCCGGAGAUCGAUCUUGGCAUUGAGGCGAAAAUUAAAAACAUUGAAGCAACGGAAGAAGCCAAGCUCAAGUAUAUGCAGGAGCAGCAAAGGAAGAAAGAUCUACCGUCGCACUUUGUCCCGUCGAAUAUGGCCGUUAAUUUUAUGCAGCACAACCGUUACCGGAUCGAGAAUCCGGCCCCGACGAAGCGCCGUUACCAGGAGGAACAUCGCGAUCAGCGUGGUGAGGAUCGUGUGCCGAAAAAAGCGACCGACGAUUAUCAUUUCGAUAAGUUUAAAAAGCAAUACCGACGUCAUUGAGGGAAGAAAGAGUCGUGGAUGUUGAAUAAACAGACACAGACACACACGCACACCAUGGUUAAAGUUUAUAAUGAACCACCGUUUAUUAAUAGCAUUUAAGUUGAGAUGAUUGAAACACACUUUGAAGAUGAAUUUGCCAAAGAACAUGUAACGUUUUGCACACUUCAAAUCCGUAUGAAGGAAACGGAACUGACUGUUCAGCAAUGGGUAGCCAAUACUCGAGGCAGGUCAGACGCAAAUGAAGUGCUUCUCAUCUUCACUUACAGCCAAUUAGAUUAGAUACCGCAGGUCUUUUUUCCCUAUUCCGAUCCGCAGUUUCGUGUCAUGCCCUGCGUUGAAGUCUUUCGAUAUACGGUACGUGCGUAUUAGAUACUAGGAACGGGAGAAUCGUCAGGGGACCUUUAACUCCUAUUCUCCUUCUGUAGGCUAUAUGUUUCCCCCGUUUCGUUGUGGUAUCCAUUUUCACUGUCAUGUGAUUACUCCACUCCAAAGCUCAACUGUAGAAGAAUUCAAUACACACCAACAUGUGCCACUA